CUGGCAGCGCCUUUUGAUCAGGUACACUGCAAGCGGGAGUACAACGUUGUACACGCAUAAUCCUUGGUGGUAGAACCGGCAGUGUACAGUAUGUAUUUUCAGCAAAAGUCUCUUUCUAUAAAGUAAGUCCGGUCGGUGCAGACUGUCCGCCUUGGAAACGAAAGACAUUUAAAACAUGCCCACCUAUCAUGAGGAUGAUAUCCAAUCAAUUCAAUCUUGACGAUUUUGCCCAAGAAGAAUCAACCUGAAUCACUCGAGUUCCUACCCUAGCCGACUUCUGUCACGAAGGACCCGGCAAGAAAGAAGCGAAUAAACCUCAGACUCGAGAAGAAAAUGUCAACACGAACCCAAAUUCCCCGAACCGUCCUGGCUUUCCAGCACGAUGCCAAACUCUACGCCCUCCCCACCACCGUGGUGUCCAUAACACCCUUCAAGUCCCUCAUCGAAGCGAACCAACAACUUUUCAAAACUUCCACCACAGAAGCCGACUAUGUCGUGAUGACGCGAGAAACCAUCUUCCACCCCCAGGGCGGCGGGCAACCCUCGGAUACGGGAACAAUGAAGUCCCUCGACGACAAAACGACGUUUUGCGUAUCAGCAGUGCGCAUGGACUGCGUGCACGAUGGACAGGUAUUGCAUCUUGGGCGUUUUGACAACGACAACAACAACACCACCACCAACAAUAACACCGCCACCACUUCUCCUCCUCCAUCAUCACUUUUCACCACCGGCCAAACCAUCACACAACACCUCGACAUCGACAAACGCAUCCUCUACUCCCGUCUCCACACGGCAGGGCACGUCCUAGGCGCAGCAGUCCGCCACCUGUUGGAACCGCAUAUCGCCGACUUCGACGAACUCAAAGCCAGCCACUUUCCCGACAGCGCAGCCUGCGAGUUCAAGGGUCUGAUCGAGGGGAAAUGGAAAGCCGACAUCCAGACCCGUGUCGACGAGUACGUUGCGCGCGCAUUGCCUGUCCAAGUGGACUUUUGGACCGAAGAAGAUUUCCGUGAUCGGGGAUUGGAACGCUUGAUCCCUUCUCCAGAGGCCGGCGGCCUCAGACUUGCGCCCGGCGAAAAGUAUCGCGUCGUCAAGAUCGUGGGUGCAGAGGUCUAUCCUUGUGGUGGGACUCAUGUCGAUUCUACUGAUUUGUGUGGAAAGGUCGGUGUUAAGAAAAUCAGUCGGAAUAAAGGCACGAGUCGCGUUUCUUAUACCGUCGCAUGACAUUAACCUAGGGGACCCUAGCCGCCAGACGCCAUGAUCCAAUGUUGGUGGUGAUGACUUUUUAUUGUAUAGGGACAUGUUUGUGCUGUUGGUGUAUGUAGAGCGUAGAAGCUCUAUGAUUCCUAUCGUUCUCAGCUUAAAACCAAAUAGACGAAAGCGUGUAGACGGAUCAAAUUUGAAACCUUGUAUUAUAUACCAUAGUCCAACAAAGGACUUGCCGUUGGACACGGCCAACUCAAGUUGAGGUUAACCAA